ACGCCAUCGCCAGUGGACUACGCUAAUCGAGGCAGUUGCGAUGGAAAAAAAACGCGCGCCUGGCACUCAGUACUGUUGUGUGGUCGGUUGCAGUAAUAACCUCCGUGACUGUAGUAGUAGCAGAACUAGUGGCCAACCGUUGAAGUUCUAUCGGUUUCCUGGAAGGCCGUACGAGUGUGCACGACGCCAAGCCUGGAUCGCGGCAGUGCGCCGGCAAAACGAGGACGGUUCGAACUGGGUGCCCUCAGCGUCGACCAGGAUAUGUAGUGCCCAUUUCGUCGACAAUUGCCGGAACGACGCGGAGGCCCACCCAUCUUACAUCCCGACCAUCUUUCCUCCAGUGUACAAAAAAAAGGCACCCAACGCGGAGAGGGCGAAGAGGCUGCUCAACAGGUCAGGACGACUUCAGCCUCAGCCACCACAGCUGGAGACGCCUACUGUUCCCAGUGCGCCGCCAAGGUCGGAGGACACCGUCGAGGACGAGAAUGUUGCUGACUGGGACCCCCUCCAGAUGCUGGUGGACGUUGCAGCCGAGGCGGUGCCAGAGAAGCACACGUCUACAGUGGGAACACAGUGUGAUCCCACGCCACAGAUCGGAGGACCACUGAGGCUCUUGUUAUCCGCAACGGAUGGCCAGGACAGAUCGACCCAGGUCACUCACGCAGAACAAGUCAAUGCGGUUUCAAGCACGGAGGGAGGCUGGCGACGGCAGUGUGGGUUUCUUGGCUUCGAGUCGCUCAAGUCAUCCGAGCACGCUCUCCAGGACCUAUGUGGGGUCACCAUGACUGUUUUUAGUUUGUUGUUAAGCCUCACUCCAGCAACCAGGUACAGAAAGAGCGACAUUUCAGCUGAGGACAAACUCACCCUCUUCCUUAUGAAGCUUAAACUGGGGAUCAGCUUCACUGCACUAGCCGCCCUCUUCUCGGUCCACAAGACGACAGCGUCUCGAACAUUCAAAGCACUACUGGACAUUCUAAGUGUGAGGCUCGAGCGCUGGGUGUUUGUGCCAGCUCGAGACAUCAUCAAGGAGUCGCUGCCACCGGCCUUCAAAACACACUAUCCAGGCUGUACAUUUAUCAUAGAUUGCACAGAGAUUCGUACUGAAACUCCCUCCGACCCUGAGCAGCAGCACUACAUGUACUCGAGUUACAAGAGUGGCUACACCAUCAAAUUACUAAUUGGCAUAAUUCCUAAUGGCAUGAUUUCAUUCGUAUCUAAAAUCUAUGGGGGGCGACACAGUGACAGUCACAUCACAGUAAAUUCAGGGUUUUUAUCUUUGGUUCAACCCGGCGAUGUCGUUUUAAGCGACAAGGGCUUUCCCAGCAUCCGGACUACCAUGGCUGAGAAGGGUGCUGUGCUUGUCAUGCCGCCUUUCUCAGUUGGAGGUCAGCAGCUUUCCCAAGAGGACAUGGACAACGCCUUCCACAUUGCACAGGUCCGCAUCCAUGUGGAGAGAGUAAUUCAAAGGCUGAAAAAUUUCCACAUUUUGAAACACAGAAUCCCGCUCACUCUAAUCCCACAAAUGGACCAGGUCGUCCAAGUAUGCUCCGCUCUUGUUAACAUGCAGGCACCAAUUAUAAAGAAAUAA